CAUUUUCGGUAUUUUCUUCGAAAUUAAAAAUAAAUCAAUAAUGUUUGAAGCUUGAUCAAUAAAUUCGUAAACUUUACGUAAUUAAUAAUCUCCAAUCUGUUAAAUUCAAGAAAAUUUUAAAAAAAUGGACCUCACCUCAAAAAAUGUACCAAAAAUGUAUGAAGAUUUAAUUUUUCCUAAAAUUGACCCAGAGAAUGGAGUUGGAUUGUAUUUGACCUCAAAAAUGAUUGAAAGAGAACAAAGAAGAUUGACAAAACCAUUGGAUUUCGAUAAAGCCCGAGACAGUGUUGCAUUAGAUUUAAUAAAAUCCCAAAGAAUAUUGACGAAUAGCGAAGAAAAAUUGCGAUUAAGAAGAGAAAAAUACGCGGAAUUUCACAACGAAUUUGACAAGCAAAUGAAAGAAUUGCAGGAAAAAGCUAAUAAUUUAAAAUCGUCUUUUAUAUCUUUCGACGAAUUUAUUAAAGAAAACUAUGAAAAACGAGAAAGAUCCCAACAAAAAAUAGCAAUCGAAUCAAAAUUGCGCGAAAUAAACGAAAAAGCGAUACAAAAACUAACUAAAGAUAAACAAGAAAUGAACAGAAUCAAAAAUUUAAUGAGGGAAAAACUAAAAAACAUGCUAAUUUACGAAAAUUAUUUAAACUCAGUUGUUGAAAACCACAAAGAUAUUAAAAGCAUCGAUGAUUUAUUAAACGACUACAAAAACUUAAUGUAUGGAAGAAAUCUUUUAUUUGCACGUCAUGAUAAAAACUUGCGUAAAUUAGAAGAUCUUAAAGAUGAAAUGAAAACAUUGUUAGGUGAUAAAUCUGCGAAAUUAAUUGGUUUAGAAGGAAAAUAUAAAACUUUAGAGGAACGUUACAUAAAAGCAAAUCGAAAUGUUUUAAAAUGGGAACAAGUGUUAGAAACAAUUCGAAAAAAUACAGGAUUAAUUUACGCGGAUAUUGUUAAUGUUAAAGAUUCGAUUCAAACGAUUUAUUCGGAUAUGUAUAAACGAUCAAAUCGGAAUAAAAAGAGUCAAUUAAAACCCGAUGAUUUUAAAGGACAACUUGAAUUUAUUAAGAGUACUUUAAAAAUGCUUGAUGUUUCGGUUCAAAAAGAAAUGAUGUUGAAAGAAUUUGAAUGUUUAUCUGUUUAAUUUAUUUAAUAAUAAGAUAAAGAAAUCUUUAAGAUUACUAAAAGGGGAUUUGAUUCAUAGAUGGCGCACUUUUAAGUAAUCGAGCUGUCAGAGUAAUUUUUUUAGUUUAAAAUACCGGUUAAUUAAUUUGGGAGUAAAAACCAAUAAGAAUGUUGUGUUUGUAGUAAUUUUAUACUCGCAUUGAUUAAGAUAAAGGUGAGAAUACGAUC